CAGCCCGCUCUGUUCCCCAAAGAUCCGCUAUAGUUGUUGUUCCCGGCUUUGAAUUAGUGCAAUUGUGUAAGAGUUCUUCCGGUGUCUUCAUUGCCUCGAGUCCUUUCACUGCGGCAGGUUUGAUAUGGUGGUCAAAGGUGCAUUAGCAAGGACGAAGGGAGGGUGUGCCGGAGGAAUAUUAUAUCGCCCGGUCAUAAACCCGGCCUGUGAUAUAUAUUGACCGUGCGCCGGGCGAGGUGUCUCUGGCGAAAGUGACAGGACAGGCUCGGACUCCCGGCGGAGAGAGGCUGCAGCGGCCGCGGGCUCAGACUGCCCGCUCCGGGCCAAGGCUCCAGCAGCUGGAGGGCUGAGAUCUGUCCCCGGCACCGGCACCGGCCCGCCGUCACCAUGACCACUCCAGAAGUCACAGAUUCACGUGAUCAAAAUGGGAAUUCGAGUGAAGAACCAGAGAAAUGGACAAAAUCUCAAAUUUUCACACUGAUAUCUGCAGCAUCGAUGAACUUUAGCUCGAUGAUUUGUUAUUCAAUUCUUGGACCUUUCUUUCCAAAAGAGGCAGAAAAGAAAGGAGUUAAUGCCAGCAUUGUUGGAAUGAUUUUUGGAUGUUUUUCUGUAUUCAAUUUAAUAUUUUCACUGAUCAUGGGAAAAUAUAUUGUGCAAAUUGGUGCAAAAUUCAUGUUUGUGGCUGGCAUGCUUGUCUCUGGUUGCUGCACUAUUCUUUUUGGCAUAUUGAAUUUAGCCCCAGAUGGACCCAUAUUUAUCUCUUUGUGUUUCAUCGUAAGAUCAGCAGAUGCAAUCGGUUUUGCUGCAAGCUCAACUGCAUCAUUCUCAAUUCUUGCUGCAACGUUUCCAAAUAACAUAGCUACAGUUAUGGGAUCUCUGGAGAUAUUCACUGGACUUGGCCUAUCAUUGGGUCCACCUAUUGGAGGCUACUUGUAUCAACUAUUUGGAUAUCAAAUUCCUUUUAUUUUGCUGGGAUGUAUCGUUCUAUUAAUGAUACCUUUGAACAUGUGCAUUUUACCAAGAUGUGAUGGCGUUGCCAGUAGUGGCAGUUUCUGGCAGCUGAUGUUAAUCCCUAAAGUUACUUUAAUGUGCCUGAUUAUCUUUUCCAUAAGUUCAUGCAUUGCAUUCCUGGAUCCCACCAUAUCCUUGUUUCUUAUUGAAAAGUUCAAAUUGACGCCUGGAUCUGUGGGACUAGUGUUCCUGGGACAUGCAUUGGCUUAUGCGCUAUCCUCUCCGUUUCUCGGAUUGCUGUCUGAUAAAAUACCAAGAAUUAGGAAAUGGUUAAUGCUGGUUGGAAGUUGGCUAAUUGCAGUGAGUUUCCUGUUGCUGGGGCCAGCACCCUUUUUACACAUUAAGGGGCAGUUAUGGUUGUUUAUUUCAAUGCUGGUAGUAACUGGAUUUUCACUUAGUUUGUGUGGCAUUCCUGUUUUUCCAGAAGUCAUCACAUGUGUUUAUGAAAGGGGAUUUGAAAAAGGACUUGGCACUUUAGGCAUAGUGUCUGGAAUAUUUGGAGCAUUUUGGUGUCUUGGGUCAUUUGUAGGACCCACACUGGGUGGAUUUUUAUAUGACAAGUUGAAUUUUGAGUGGGCUGCAACUAUACAAGGAGGCAUUCCAUUUGUUUUUGGUACGUUAUUGGGUGUGUACUAUAUGGUGGAAAUGGCGCACAAGAGGUCACAUUCUGGGAACAGCCUAGAAGAAGAAAGAAAACCACUAAUAACCAGCUGAAUGUCAAACAUAUAAUGGAUGGUCCAGUUUCCUGCUGAUCAAUUUUCAAUUACUGGUAUAUCCAUAAACACCUUUAGUGUUUAUACACUGUAUAAAAUAUCCCCUGGUAGACACUUGUAACACUAAUUAUUCUACUAUUUGUUCAGAAUUGAAGUUUUUUUUUUUACAUUACUGCCGCAAAGCAUGUGAAAAGUAGAUUACUAAUGUAGAAAUAUGAACAUUACAUUCUUCCAAUGUAAUCUGAUGCCUUCACUACAAUCAACUUGUCACAAAUGCCAGCACUCUGGAAUUCCAUUCAAUUUAUCCACUGCCAGAUUUUGAAUGCGUGCAAUCCUUUAAUGCAUUGUGACUGAGUUUUAUAAAAGAUGAUUAUAGUAGGAUCUUUAUCUGAUCUGCAUUGUCAGAAAAAAGCAACUUAACACUGAUUUCUUGGGCACUGACAAAAGGCCAGUAAAUAAAAGUUUAUAAUUGCAUUCCUAAAAUAAAUAA